GCAGCAGACGGGCGGAUUCCCCUCCGUGUCGACUCUUUGCGGCCAUUUGGCGGGCUUUUUAUUGGCGCGGAGAGGCCGGUCGGCGCACUUAGCCAAAUUAAAAAAAGCGGGCGCGCUCUCGCGCGCUCCCUACGGCCGCCGGCGACACGUCCGAACUCGGCGGCUGCCCCCAGCCAGCAUGAGCGCCACGAGCAUGGUGACCGCCGACCACAACCGGGACAUGCUUCUGGCCCUGCUCUCGCGGAACAAGGCACUCGAAGCGAGCAUCCCUAAGUGUGCCGGCUGCGAGAAACCCAUCCUGGACCGGUUCAUCCUCAAGGUGCUGGAGCGGUCGUGGCAUGCGCGCUGCCUCAAGUGCGCCGACUGCCAGGCGCAGCUGGCCAACAAGUGCUUCGCCCGCAAUGGGCACGUCUACUGCAAGGACGACUUCUUCAAGCGAUAUGGCACCAAGUGCGCUGGCUGCGAGCUGGGCAUUCCGCCGACGCAAGUGGUUCGCCGGGCACAGGAUAACGUGUACCACUUGCACUGUUUUGCCUGCAUCCUGUGCAAGCGACAGCUGAACACGGGCGACGAGUUCUACCUCAUGGAGGACAACAAGUUGGUCUGCAAGGCCGACUACGAGGCGGCCAAGGCGCGCGAGGGCUCCAGCAAGCGGCCGCGCACCACAAUCACUGCUAAGCAGCUGGAGACGCUGAAGAGCGCCUACAACAACAGCCCCAAGCCGGCGCGCCACGUGCGCGAACAGCUGUCGCAGGACACUGGGCUCGACAUGCGCGUCGUACAGGUUUGGUUCCAGAACCGGCGCGCAAAGGAGAAGCGCCUCAAGAAGGACGCCGGAAAGACCCGCUGGGGAGACUUCUUCCGCUCCUCGUCCGGCGCCACCAUCAAGCGAGACGUCAAAGACCACCCAGAGGACUCUGAGCCGUUCGGACUGACCGGCAGUGACCCCGAGGGCUCCCCGGGCCAGCAGUCGGGCCACAGCGGCGCCUCGUCCUAUUUCCCGGCCAGCCCCGGCGGUCAGCUGGGGCCUCACUUCGGCCUGCCCAGCGACCAGUUUCCUGGUCGUGGAGAUGACACCUACGGCGAGUUCCCGCCCAGCCCGGCCUCGUGGCUCGAGGACAUGGACAGCACGCCUUCGUCAGCGAACUUCUGAGCCCCGCAGUUCCGCGUAGCGGGAACCCAAGCGUGCGCUGUCGGCGCGGUUGACACUCCCUCAGUUUCGUUGUUCCACGGACUGCGUGGCAAUCGGCGCAGCCGCAAGGUUCGCGGCGCUGCGCUGUGUGCUCGCUGAAGCUGCGCUGAAGGCGAGGGUUGGAAGGAGAUGUGCGGCUCUGGGCAGUGUUCCUUGCUCAUGCGGCUAGUGUCAUCCUGACAAUGUGAAAGUGGGCAGGGUGUGGGGAAAUCAUGCCCCAGAAACUCUUGAGGUAGCAGGCGCAAACUUAAAUCAGAGCUUAACUGUCUGCUGCCAGGGUUAUCUAUAUGCUACUCUGGCGCGGUUCUGUUGCAAAGUAUUGGUUCCUGUUGAAAUCGUGGUUUGUAAGCUGAUUACCUGUCGACGAACAAACUCGAGUAUCGAGAAGAAAAUACGUACGAUAAUCUCUUUUGUGACUAUGACCCGCUUAACAAAAAAAUCACAAACCAAAACAGCAAACCGAAAGCAAAGACAGAAUAUUACUUUCUGUGAGACUCCUUUCUGAGUUGGCAUGACCUCUCAUUUACCUAUCGAGGGUCACUAACUGCUCUCAGGUAACUACGGGGACAGAAAAAAAGAAAGAAAGAAAUAGCCUCGCUUUUCUACGAAAUUUUACUGUGUGCAAAUACUAGUCAAACAACGUAAAUGCGCGUACAGACACACAAGACCGAGUGAUGACCACACUAACGUAUUUCGUACGUGGUUGUAGCAUGCUCGUUGCCCUUCUCGAUCCCUAUAUUUGCAUCUUGAAUAUCACCCCUGCUAAGUUUUCAUUGUCACAAUAGUUUAUAUUGAGAUGAACAGAUCUCAGUGCUUCGGAAACCACCAAAUGGUUAAUGCCC